GAAGGUGGGCAGAAAUGACGACAGCCCGGAUUCAAAACUGUUCAACGCCCGUCUUCAAAGUAGCUGUGGCUAUUUUUUGCCUCGGGCUUAGCCUUUGCCUCCAGUUCAUGAUGCGUGCAAGCGUCGAAGAAUCAUCCUUACCUGGACAAAAGGGCGCUUCUGAUACGAGCAGGCCUUGGGUUAGGGGCUCCAUUUCGUUCCAGAGAAGCCAUCACGGACCCAACACCUGCAACUCCAAAACAAAGCUUGCUUUUAUCAAUGUGCACAAAGCUUCCAGUGGUACCAUCAUGCAGGUCAUACAGCGAUUCGGCUAUCUGCGGAAACUUUCAUUCGUGCAGCAUAUAUCAAAAGAUGUUAAUGGUUUAUAUCCUGACGGCCUGUCGAAGCCUGAAAUACUUAUGCCACCACAAGGAGAAAAUUACGAUAUACUCACAUACCACACCGUGUACGAUCGUCCCAACAUCGUACGUCUACUAACGCCGGAUGCUAAAUUUGUCACGAUACUCAGAGAACCAUUUAAGCACUUUGCUUCUGCAUUCGCCUUCUAUGGUUACAAUAAGACAAUCAAUGUCACUGCUCCAAAUCAAUUAGAAGAGUUCUUAGAAAACCCCGGUUUUUACGAUAACCUGACAAAACGAUCUCCCAUGCUAUUCCCGGCAAAAAAACCGAUGGCCGUGGAUCUAGGUUUCUCUUCAGACUUGUUUUCCCCAUCUCUUCAGAUGAACAAAAUUGGCCACAUCACCAGGAAAUUUAUAGAUAAACUCUCUCAUGAGUUUGACCUCGUGAUGAUGGCGGAGCACAUCGAUGAAUCAUUGGUGCUUUUGAGGCGUCUGAUGUGUUGGGACCUUAAAGAUAUUUUGUACUAUAAGUACGUCAGCAAUGAUCACUCUUCAGACUAUGAUACCAGUAAUAUCUCGCAAAGACUAAGGGACAAUCAUGAGAAGUGGGAUGCCGUAGACUAUGCACUUUAUAAAUACUUUAAUGAGACAAUGUGGAAGAAAAUAUCCAUUGAGGGGAAAAGCUUUGUUGAGGAACUGGCACAUUUCCGGGACGUUGAAUUAAAGUUGAGAGUUCACUGCAGCUCAGAAUACUCGGCCCUGGAACCUAUUGUCAUCUCGGAAACACCUUGGAACUCACCGUUCAAAAUCGACUCAGAAUAUUGCACUUGGCUGACAACUUCUCACCUCUGUUACUACUACCUGAUUAAAGACAGAAACAGAAGGUACCAAGCCGGAUCAAAGGGACUCAUGGGAAAUGACACAGUCCCGAGGGAUGGGGUUUUCUUUUCCCCGCCAUACUGCAGUACGGAGUGCGACAAGAUAAAGCAAGAAUGCUCCCUUCAUGAGUACGUGCAGCACUGUUACCAGGAGGGGUUGUUGAGAAAGUCACAGUCCAGUUCGCAGAAAAUAAAGUUCCUUUCUGUUGAGGGGGAAUUCGAAGCCCUACCGCUUGAGUAGCCUUGCACUAUACGACAAAAUACUCUAUGUUUUACACAAAAGUGUACGUAUACAAAGCAAGGAAUAGAAUUUAUUGAGAAAAAACUUAAUUGAUAAAAUAUGAGUUUUUAAAUGAUAUUUAUCCAAUUUUAAGGUUAACGCUAUCCAGACUAGGGGAAGGAACUGAAAGAGUACGUGCCGACUUUGACGUCUUAUAACUCCCAAACGGCUUGUGCUAGGACAACCAACUUUGGUGACUUUUCCUAGAGUAUUGUUGGCAACAAUUUCCAAAAAAGGUGUAGGGUUUAUAUUUUUUCCGUGUUGCCAUAUUUUACAAAAUCACUAACUUUGGUGUAAAGAAUGGGAUUUUAAGAUUUUCUUGCUAAACUACACUUGUUUUCUUAUAGAUUUAUAGAUAAUAUUUGGCAUCUUAAUAUGGAAUUUAUAAUUACACAUUAAUAAAUAAUGGUAAUGCAAUGAAAAAUGGGUCAAAAUCCAAGAUGUCCGACAAUAUCAUAAUAAAAAGUGUAAGGACCUUAUUUUCAAUCGGAUUUUAACACUAGACAGGGUGUUUGCGGUAGAGGCGUGCCUUGAGCGCUAUUAAAGAUACGUCUUUGUUGGCGUUUUUACCAAACCGUAUAAAAUGUGCAGCCGACUUGUCAUUUGUUACAGAAGUUGAAUGUGCAAACUUGUUGGUUCUGAAAAGUGUGUAACAUAUUGCACGUGAUCAGUUCAUCAGCAUUUUCUCUAUAGUGGCCACAUGUCUGAUGUUUCCACAGUCGUUUGAGUGGUUGCUCUGAACAGGUUUGACUUUAUUAAAGGAAUUAAUGAUUAAUGUCCGGCCUAUUUUUUUUUCAAAGAACCAGGUUUUCCUUUUUCGAAAAAUUCAAUUGGAACAUGGCUCCCUUCCUUCAUCCUUCCUUAUGUGCCUAAACACACUAAAACAAUUGUGGAAUGCUGGGCAAGUAAAUCCCAAAUCAACAAUGACAAUGGUGAUAAUCUUGCAGCUGAAACUUAAGAAAACUUGCAAAGAAAUUGUUUUGAGAUUUGAAUAAUUCACCAUACAAGAUUACAAUUUAACACCAGAAAAUAAUGUUUAACCUACAUAUAUUUUGUUAAAAAACUUUUAGGUACAGCUGCAGGUCCGAACCUGUACCUGAACCCGUGUACCUGUACCUGAAAUCUGCAUAGGUACACAGCUCUAGGUAUUUGCUAUAAUGUUUCUUAAAUAUAGAUAUAAUAAAACUUUGCCAUUGUAAUUUUUAUUAUCCAUUU